AUGCUCGAACCAGUGAGAACAUUCGGCUCACUAGGACUACCGUUAUUGCCAUUACCGCUCUCAGGACUCUUCGCCUCACCGCCAAGAGUCGCCACAUCAUCUCCAAAUAGUGAACAUCUAGAUAAAAUGCAUUCAUCGGCUUCAUCGACAGACUCUAACGGUGCUGCUUUCGAUUUCCCAAUUUUUGAAGCCAACGGUGAAACGCCAAAUGCUAAAAUAAUUGAGUAUCGUCGAGAAAAACUUGCAUGUUUUGAGAUUUCUGGAAUUGAUAUGAUAUGUUUACCGCAGGCUUAUGAGUUUUUCUUGAAAAAUCUCGUUGGUGGGCUGCAUACAGUGUACACAAAGUUGAAACGUCUUGAAAUUACGCCACUAGUGUGCAAUGUUGAACAGGUUCGUGCUUUACGAUCACUUGGCGCUAUUCAACCGGGAGUCAAUAGAUGCAAAUUGAUAGCCGCCAAUGAUUUCGAUAAACUUUAUGAUGAUUGCACAAGCAGACCUGGAAGACCGGCAAAACGAUUAGCGACAAUGGAUGAAUGGACGAUGAAACAAUCAAGAAAUGAUGUCCCACUUGACAGUGUACAAAACAAUGCCACAACAUCAGGAAACGCUGGAAUGCUGCUCGGGCAAUUCCUUCCGUUUUCUCAUCAACUUCUCGUUCAACAAAUGAUGGCUGUCGCUGCAGCUCAACAACACUCCGAACCCUCCCGUCAUCAACUACGUACCGAUGAAGUGGAUGUGGAAGAAGACGGAGGGCAAAGUCUGUCCACCGAUUCGGCUCCUCUCAAUCUCACAAAGAACGAGAAUCAAAACAGCGAAACUUCCGACAAUGAUUCACUCGAAAAUAUGCGAAAAGAUGAGGAUGCCCAAAUGUCAGAGCGUGGCGCCUCAUCUGGAUCAGCCGGCUCAGGCGGAUCAUCGGCUGUCUCCACCACAAAUUCCUCUAAUCAAUCCGUCAGCGUUGAGGAAUCUUCAUUGGCAUUGAGAAAGAUCAUUUCCCUUGUCGAUAUGGCAAAUGAACAUUUCAAGGCACAACGAGAACUAUUGGCUAAAGAAAGAGAAGAUUUGAACGCGAUGCGAGUGCGAUUGCGUGAAGUGGAGGAUAGCGAGGAAAUGAUGAAGACAAAACUCGAAGCUGAACGGAAAAAAGCUCGCGCCUACUUUAAUCGUUUCUGCAAAGCGCAAAAGGAGGCGCUGUCAUUGAAAGAGCAACUCAUUCAAGCGAAUCGGCCAUCACUCGAUGAGAACAUUCUUUUUGAUGUUUCCCACGAUUCCACCGAUUCAUCUCAACCUCAAAUU